AUGCAGAACUCCGUACAGGAUUUGACAGACUCUUUUGCUUUUACUCCAGAUUGGUUCUUGCUAAAAGUUGAGAAAUUUCCUGACAGCUUAAUAUGUAGUACUGACGAAAAGAGUUCUCAAAAACCUUCUUUGUCUCUCAACAUAGGCUCGUUAGAAAAAAUAUCAAAUCCACCUCUUGUUCCUGCAACUACACAUCCCCUUAAUCAUCAGAUUACUUCGUCACCUAUAUCACCUACAUUCUUUAACAAAUUUAAUAGCAACGAUUUAUAUAUUACAAAGCGAAAUGAUAGUGAUCCGAUUCUUUCUUUUCAAACUCAAGAGAAAGUUUUAAAGAAACGUUCUAGCCCAUUGGACCUUAGUAUAACUGAAGUAAUGCGCGAAGAAAAUGAUCGAAAAGAGCCAGAAAAGAAAAAGGUUAUUGUGCAUAUGAUCAAAGCCUCUGAUACUUUAGCUGGUAUUGCCCUGUCUUAUGGAAUAGAGGUAUCGAUUCUCAAAAAG